AGCGGGACCGUCGUACCAGCGCUGCCCGGCGCUGCCGCCAGUACGACGGCUGCUCGCCCCAGGGCCGCCCGCAGUAGCACCAUGACGGCCGGGCGGGUCUACGACAUGGUGGUGUUCGGCGCCUCGGGCUUCACCGGCCAGUUCGUGGUGGAGGAGGUGGCGCGGGCGGCGGCGGCGACGGCGACGGCCGCCGGCGAGGGGCAGCUGUGCAGCGGCCGCCUGCGCUGGGCCGUGGCCGGGCGGAGCCGCGAGAAGCUGCGGGCGGUGCUGGAGCGGGCGGCCGAGCGGCUGGGGAAGGCGGCGCCCGGGGAGGAGGUCGGCGUGCUGCUCUGCGAUGUGAGCGACGCGGGCUCGCUGGCCGCCAUGGCGAAGCAGACCCGGGUGGUGCUGAACUGCGUGGGCCCGUAUAGAUUCUUUGGAGAACCUGUGGUAGAAGCUUGUGUUGAAAAUGGUGCAAGCUGCAUUGACAUUAGUGGAGAACCCCAGUUUCUGGAAGGAAUGUACCUGAAAUACAAUGAGAAAGCUGCAGAAAAGGGAGUAUACGUCGUUGGAAGCUGUGGCUUUGACUCCAUACCGGCGGAUAUGGGAGUGCUGUACACCAGAGACAAGCUGAAAGGUACCUUAACUGCUGUUGAGAGUUUCCUGUCAGUGAAAUCUGGGCCUGAGGGUCUUGGUGUACAUGAUGGGACCUGGAAAUCAGCUGUCUAUGGCCUUGCAGAUGAAGCCAGCCUGAAGAAGCUUCGAAAACAGAUAGGAUAUGCCCCUGUUCCAGUAGUUGGUACAAAGCUUAAAAAAAGAGGAUUUAUGUUUUACAGUCCAGAAUUCAAGGAGUACUGCAUUACAUUCAUGGGAUCUGAUGGUUCUGUUGUGAAAAGAACUCAGCGUUAUUUGCACACCGAGUUGCAGCAAACACCUGUCCAGUAUGGCGCUUACGCGACUGUAGGUGGUCUUGGCUCUGUUAUCAAGCUGAUGUUUCUGGGCAUGUUGUUCUUUCUUCUGGUGAAGUUUAACUUUGGAAGAAAACUUCUGACAAAAUACCCAGAAUUUUUCUCUGCUGGACGCUUCACAAAGAAAGGACCAACCCAGAAGCAGCUGGAUGGAACCUCUUUUACAAUGACUUUUUUUGGUGAGGGUUACAGUGAGGGACAAGAUCCCCAGAAUGCCAAACCAAAUGUGAAGAUCUGCACUGAAGUGAAAGGACCAGAGCCUGGAUAUGUUGCUACACCAAUUGCAAUGGUUCAAGCAGCUCUAUCUCUUCUGGAAGAUGCAUCUUCUCUGCCUAAACGGGGUGGUGUAUAUUCUCCAGGAGCUGCCUUCUCGAAAACAAAACUGAUUGAUCGCCUCAACAAGCGUGGUGUUGAGUUCUCUGUUAUUAGCAAGCCUGAAGUCUGAAGUCAGAACACAACUGUAUGAACUAACACCUUUACUGGGUCUAACUCUAAUAAAACCCAUUUGGGCUGCAAAAGCCUAAUCAUAAAACAGUUUGACUAUGCUAUUGUUUGCAGCAGAAACAGAAGAAAAUUCGAGUUAAAAGCUAUAAUAGUAUUUGCUGUAGUGAGCAAACCCCUAAAGGGUGGGUAUUGAGUGUUAAUUCACAGACAUAUUAAAUUGGUAACUUCUUGGGUACUAAUUUGGGAAUCUUAAUCUCAUUACCUAAGUUCAACUUCCUACUUCGUGGAUCCACUAUAGCAUCUGCUUCACAAGUAAGCAUAGCUGCCUUGCUUUGCCCCAUUCUGCAACUAUAUAAAGCAGGCAGCCUGGAAACAGAAGUGCCUUAGCAAAUAAGCUACUAGUUAUUCCUAAUGUGUGUUUGGUAUAUGUCUUUAUUAACAUCUUCAAUUAAUCUUUAUUUAAUAAUCAUUCUAAGUGCAGAUCUAUGUGUAGUUUGUAGUUAGGUAAGUAGUCACGAACUGUAUUGUGCUUUUGCUUCUGUAAAGAAGGAGGCUUGUUCUGUUGAUUGUUUUUGGAAUCUGACCUGAUAUGAUCCAGGUUCAGGGCACUCUGGCCUGUUUCACACUACUUGAUACUGUGGUUGAUGAGCCUGCUUUUUGCUGUUAGCCUAAGAAUUAUAAGAGUGUCUUAUCCUGCUGUCUGAUUUCUGGAUUUAUAUUUGUGGGCAAUGGAAGCUUUGAGUCACGGGAAUAUUUGAAAGGUAGCCUUCAUGAUUUUCAGGAGUGUGAAUGCGUUAAAUUCUAUUUCUGUGUAGAGGCUUUUUUGUUGUAUCAGUAGAACUUGUAAAAACUAUGAAAGUUACUCUGAGAUAUAUAAAGGUCAUAAAAGUCUCUAUCUCCUA